UGACGUCACCUCGCCGCAGUCAGUCCUUCUGCUUCGCAUUUUCCAGAAAAGAUGGCAGCUGUUGAUAUCGACAUGCCGGUAGAUACAGAGCCCCAGAUCCGCGAUCAGGUGGACCUGGAACGUGAGGCUGAAGGCUUCAAAGAACAAGGGAAUGCGUACUACAGCAAGAAAGAUUACUCUGAAGCGUUCAACUAUUACACCAAGGCCAUCGAUGCAUGUCCCAGGAAUGCCAGUUACUACGGCAACAGGGCGGCCACCCUCAUGAUGCUCAGUCGCUUUCGAGAAGCUCUCGAAGACUCCCAGCAGGCCGUGCGUCUGGACGACUGUUUCAUGAAGGGGCAUUUGCGCGAGGGAAAGUGUCACAUGUCUCUGGGAAACGCCAUGGCGGGCAGCCGCUGCUUUCAGAAGGUUCUGGAGUUGGAUCCAAGCAACAAAGAGGCCAAGCAGGAGAAAAAGAAUGCAGCGGCACUGCUGGAAUAUGAGAAAAUGGCUGAUUUCAGCUUUGAAAAACGGGAUUUCAGAAAGGUGGUGUACUGCAUGGACCGAGCCCUCGCUUUGGCCCCCGCCUGCCAUCGCUUUAAGAUCCACAAAGCAGAGUGCCUUGCUCUGCUCGGGCGCUAUCCUGAAGCUCAGUCUGUGGCCAGUGACAUUCUGCGGAUGGACUCGACCAACGCCGACGCGCUGUAUGUGCGGGGCCUGUGCCUCUACUACGAGGACUGCAUCGAUAAAGCCGUGCAGUUCUUCGUCCAGGCUCUGCGAAUGGCGCCCGAUCACGAAAAGGCCCGAUUAGCCUGCAGGAAUGCCAAAGCUCUAAAAGCCAAGAAAGAGGAGGGCAACCAGGCGUUUAAGAACUGCAACUAUGAAGCUGCUUACCUUCUGUAUACCGAAGCACUAGCCAUAGACCCCAACAACAUCAAGACCAACGCUAAACUCUACUGCAACAGAGCCACAGCAGGAGCAAAGGUGAAAAAACUCAACCAAGCCAUUGAUGACUGUACCAGUGCAAUCAAACUCGAUGACACGUACAUCAAGGCCUACCUAAGAAGAGCUCAGUGCUACAUGGACACCGAGCAGUACGAAGAGGCUGUACGGGACUACGAAAAAGUUUACCAGACUGAAAAAACCUCAGAUCACAAGCAUCUGCUGAAGACGGCGCAGAUGGAGCUGAAGAAGAGCAAAAGGAAAGAUUACUACAAGGUGCUGGGAGUCGGCAAGAACGCCACAGAGGACGAGAUUAAGAAAGCGUACCGCAAGCGGGCCCUCAUGCACCACCCAGACCGCCACAGCGGAGCGGCUCCAGAGGUGCAGAAAGAGGAGGAGAAGAAGUUCAAGGAAGUGGGGGAGGCCUUCACCGUCCUCUCUGAUCCCAAGAAGAAAAUGCGCUACGAUAACGGGCACGACCUGGAGAAUGAUGGCUCCUUUGAUGGCGGAGAUUUUGAUGCAAACAACAUCUUCAGGGCUUUCUUUGGUGGCCAUGGCGGAGGAUACAGUUUCGAUUCCAGCCCCGACUCAGGACCAGGAAAUUUCUUUUUCCAGUUUGGUUAAUGUGAAGGACCAUCAGUGGGGGAAUGAGGAUCCAUCCCUGCAGUGUAGAUAAACGUGGACCCAGUCACCUUGUGAUACUCAUACUCCUGAGUGUAUUGAAGUAUCUGCCCACGGAUCUUUUAAUUAGCAUUUUUUAUUAUUAUUAUUGUUAUUAUUAUUAUUAUUAUUAUUAUUAAUAUUGCACCCGGUUCUCCAAUCACUCCCUAAGCUGAUGCUGACAAACGCCAGAAAGAAUAAUUCAUAGGUUUUGGUUAUAAAUUAAAAACAAAAGCACUUGAAUCUUUUGAGGUUUUUGUAAUAGCUGAUGUUAGCAUGUUGCCGUUUCCGAUACUGACCGUAUAUUACAUGGGAUUGAGAUUUUAAAACCAUCUCAGGCUUUAUAAAGGCUGGUCAGGGAUUAAAAUAUAAGAAGUGUACAAGUGUAAGUUUUUCUUGGACAUCCUGUUGUUGCAGCAUCUCUCCUAAACAAGUCAGACCUCAGGACAACAUCUGAAAGCCAACAGUGUUCCUGGGUUUUAAAUGGCUUUUUUUUUUGUUACUUUUUGAUUUUUGCUUCAUAUAUUUGACUCAGAAUGUAAUUGAACAUGUGUCCCCAUGUUUUCAUUUUCCUCCAGUCUUCCCGCAGUCUGUUUAUAUUUAUUGUACUGUGUGUCAUUACCUGAACACAGCAGAAUGCCUGAGGACCUCGUCUUCCAUCUUUUUCUUUUUGCUUGUAAAAAACGAACGUCUAAGUGACUUUCAUCUCAGCUACGUCACUCUGACACUGCAUUUUUCUUUUCUUUUCUUUUUUUUUUUGGGACAAGCCCAAAGGAAAUGUUCCCCUUUUCUUUUUGUUUUCUUCUUCUCAGCAAAUCAGCCUAAACCAGUAUCAUCCACCUGUCAUUCCUUCUGUCACAGUUAAAUUUAAGUGGUGCCUUAUCGGGAUUAGUUAAAGGUCACAGACCUGAACCUACAACAAACCACAUACUUUUUGUAAUCACCCAAGUACGGCGUGUUCUACUCUCCCUGGGGAGAGUAGAUCACUCUGUGUUUUUGUUUUGGUUUUUUUUCUUGUCGGUUUGUCAGUGAACAAAAGUUAAUUUUGCACAUUAAGUCUUCAUCUUGUUAAUAAUGAAAGACUUAAGGUUUGAUUUUAAUGCCAUCAAUCACUGUGUCCUCCUGCCGUGUACUUGUCAUGCACGUUUGUUCAGUGCAGCCCCUCCCCUACUUGUUCCACCUGUUCUGGCGGGUAUUAAUGGUAAGUUCAAGUCUUUUUGCCACAGUCUAUGUAUCAUUUGGUGAAAAUGUUUUGUUUUUUUUCUUUAAUUUUUGAAAUAAAGGCUUGUCUUUUACUGUAA